UACUAUGUUAGACCGGGCAGCUGCUCAGGUCUGGAAAAACCACAGAUCUCUAAAUUUGGUUCCUAUUUUCACCAAAGCUCUGGCCUUCACAAGCAACCUCAUUUCUUUUUUGAAUUGUUUUGAAUAUCCUGAUAUAUCAGAAUAUUACCACUAUUCUGCUAAGGUGCUAUCAGGACAGUAUUCAUUUCCUAGUAGGGUGCUGUCAGGAUGCUACUAGGAUAUCAGUAGGUUUCUUCCAAGGUACUACAAGGGCAAUAGAAAAGAUUGUGGUAAGAUACUUCUGGGAAACUGUCAGGGCAACACUCAUACUUUUAGGAUACUCUCAACACAUUACUAGCAUGAUACUUUCAGGUCAUAACUAAGAUAGUGAUGUAGUAUAAAGAUACUACUAAAAUACUACCAGUUCAGUAAAAAAGGGAGUGUUAUGAUACUUUUUAUAUACUACCAGUGUAGCACUAAGAAGCUUUUGGGCCACUAUCAAGACUUUGGUGUUACUUAGUGAAGUACUACUAGUAUAGUGUCAGGAUAUUUGCUUAUUUCUAUGAAGCCAUAUCCCAACAGCAUGUACUUAAGAUGAUGUUGAGAUACAGCUAGGGUACUACAGAGGUGCUGUUGGUCGUGUAAUAUCCCUGGCAGUAGGGUUUCAGCCAGCACGGUGAAAGCCGAGGGGGUAGGGGACCCUGGUGUUGCAACCUGUGAGUGCAGGCCCUCUCUCCGCAGCUAAGGUGGCACGUUGGUGUCGAGGAGGAUGGAGGCCCCCCUGGUAAGCCUGGAGGAGGAGUUCGAGGAGGGGCCUGGAGACGAUGUGGGGACCCCCCAACGUACUGCAGACCCGGCGCUGGCCGAGCUGGAGAGCUUCUCAGCCGAGAUGAUGAGUUUCAAAUCAAUGGAGGACCUGGUGCAAGAGUUCGAUGAGAAGCUCACUGUCUGCUUCCGCAACUAUGAUGCUGCCACCGAGGGUCUGGCCCCCGUGCGGGGGUGUCUCCAGGCACAGGAGGAGGAGGACCGCCUUCAGGAUGAGGAGGUCUGGGAUGCUCUCACGGAUGGCUUCGCCCCCCGGGGCUCCCCCCGGCCCUGGCUGCUCCCCGGGGCUGAGGCCCCCGACAGCACCGACCCCCAGCUCUGCGAAAAGGAGGAGGAGGAGGAGCUCACUGAGAAGAGCGAGCAAGACUCGGGCAUCAACGAGGAGCCACUGCUGACAGCUGAGCAGGUCAUCGAGGAGCUGGAGGAGCUGAUGCAGAGUUCGCCUGACCCCGAGGCUGACCCUGAGGGUGAUGAGGAUGAGGAAGAGGAGGAGGAGGAAACUGAGGCUGAUACUGAAGGCGGUGGCGGGGGCAUGGAGCCCAUCCUUCUCCGUGAGCUGCGUGCUUUCUCCCCUGCCUUCAACAACAACUGCUCCCAUGAAGGGCUGGGGCAGCUGUCGGCGCGGGAGCUGGUGGCGGUGGCCGGGCGCGCGGAGGCGGCCAGCCGGGCGCUGUCGGCGGAGCUGGUGGCCCAGCUGGCGCGGCGGGACGAGCUGGCGUUCGAGAAGGAGGUGAAGACAGCGUUCAUCGGGGCGCUGCUGGCGGUGCAGGGGGAGCAGCGGGAGCAGCGGGAGGCCGCCCGUCGCCGCCGUCGCGACAGGGGGCUGAGCCUGCAAGGGGGGCGUCCCGAGCGUGGGAACCACAUGCCUCGGAAGCGCUUCAGCAUGGAGGGUAUCUCCAGCAUCCUGCACUCUGGCCUGCGCCAGACCUUCAGCCCCGCUACCAGCGAGAAGCAGUACCUGAACACGGUGAUUCCCUAUGAGAAGAAAGGGUCGCCACCGUCUGUGGAGGACCUGCAGAUGCUCACCAACAUCCUGUUUGCCAUGAAGGAGGGGAAUGAGAAGGUGCCCACGCUGCUCACGGACUACAUCCUCAAAGUGCUCUGCCCAACCUGAUAUGACGCUGCCCUCCCGCCCCCGCCCUCCCCCUGCCCGCCUCAGCACACUCCGAAAAUGGGGCCAUACCUGAGGAAAACGGGUCGCCCGUGACCCCCAGCCCCCACCCUGCACUUCCCCCACCUUUGCACAGCUGGGAAAUAAAUAAUUCGUUUCAUUAAUUAA